UAUCGCUGUGUGGUUUGGUCGCGGAAAUUGUUAGUAUGGAUGUUGGUUGGUAGUGAAUCCUAGUAAAAUGUGAUUGACGACACGCGAAAUUUUUUGUGGUGUGUGUAGCUGUAUCAUAUAUCAGUGACAUGGAUGGGCAAGUGUGUGUCGAAGAAGCUAAAGCAGAUAUCACUGAUUUAAAGAAUGUUCUUGCUCUUUCGGAAAGUGAAAAUAAAAGUUUAAAGAAAGAGCAGACGUUUGCUAGUAGUCGUGGAAGUCUUCAGCAUAUGAAGUCCUUUUCUAUUCUUACAAAGUUAAUUGACAAAAACCAGAAACGCUUGUUACGUUUAACUGAAUUAGAAGACACGCUUACCAAGCAACUGUUGAAGGUUUGUGCCGAAUUGACAGCAGUAAACGACGAUAUAUCAAAAAUUGAACUGAAUAGUGAACACAAAAAGCAUCGUGCCAAAUCGCAACUUUCGAAAUUUGGGACACCUUACUUUAGACACAAGGAAUCUAGACCUGCCGAUAACUCUGAUGUUUUGUUGUUACGGCAGAUUGGUGAUAUAGGAUAUGUCGACUUGCCAAAACCACAAAGUUGGCUAGAAUCUGAAAAGAAAUGUGUAGUCAAGGCCAUUGAAACUGAGGAACGAAACCGGCAAAUAAAGGAUAUCGAAAUAGAAAAACUUAAAAUUAAGAAGAAAAUGCAGUCGUGUGAUGAAAGUGAGCGACUGGAGCUUCAGUCAGAACUCGACAGAUUAAAGGAACAGUCUUGUUUAAUGAAAUAUACGAGAGGUAUUCAGUUGUUUCAGAACAGCCCUUGUAAAUAUGAUUGGUUUAGAAUCUCGAUUGUAGAUUUGAAAGGCAAGCAUAGCCCACAGGAAUGUCAAGCUAUGUGGACGCAUUAUCUUCAUCCAGCCGUUAACAAAGGUCGUUGGAAGAAAGAAGAAGACGAGGCAUUGAAAAUUCUCGUGAAGAAAUAUGCAUUUAGCAACUGGGAUGCAAUUGCAUUGGAGCUCAAUACAAGCCGUUCAGCAUUUCAGUGUAUGUGCCAUUAUCAGAACAGACUUAACCCGCAGUUAAUGAGAAACAUCUGGGACGAAAAUGAUGAUUAUACACUCACAGUACUCAUUAAUUCUUUCAGGAAAGGAGAUUAUAUACCAUGGAAAAAAAUUGCGUAUUGUUUUAGCAAUUGCUCAGUUUCAAAUGUUGUAUCACGUUGGAAAACCAUAAACCCUGACGCAGUUAAAGGAAAAUUUUCAGAAGCAGAGGACGUGAUUCUCGUUGCGGCUGUCAGGAAGUUUGGUAAAGAUUUUAAAAAAAUAUCAGAUCAUUUUCCAGGACGAACAAGUGCACAGCUGCAGGAGCGGUACAAAUCUUUUUUAAAAAAUGAGCGUGAUGCGCAGCCUUGGUCGCCAGAUGAAGACAGGCUGAUCUGGGAGAAAGUUAAAGAAUUUGGACACAACUUUUCUCAUAUUGCAACAUUCCUAAUGAACCGUAAUCGAACUCAGAUAAGACAUCGGUAUUACAGGAUGUUGGACUGGCUGAAGAAACAUCCAGGUGAAGAGUAUCCUGCGUGCAGGAGUGGUCAGUUCAAAAUAGCUGAAGGACCAGAUGAACUUUGGAAAAAGGUUGUGAAUGUUAUGAAGGACAAGAAAGUGAAAUUUAAUGAAGUCAAUGGUGAUGCACUUAUGGAUGAUGACAGUUUUUCAAGCCUCAAAAGCAAGUUGAAAUUAAGGAAAAGGUCUGGGGUAAGACCUGGCCACCAGAGGACUUUUAAUGAUGUUGAUUUAGAACUUGCCAAUUAUUUCUGUUGUGUUUACUCACAGAGUGGGGGGAGGCAUAAAAUCAAUUACACCAAUGAGGAAAUUGAUACACAUGCUCGUGCCACAUCAAAGUUCUUAGAAUUUUUGUGUGCACAUUUGAAAAGUGUGCCUGACAGUGAAAUUGAGAAUGACCAAAUGCUUUCCAGGUUAGACAAGUUGGUGCUGAAGAGAAUGAAUGUCAAUGAAGAUGAGAAUUCUUCAGCUAGGCAAGGAUCUGCUGGUGCUAGUGUAAGUGCAGAAAGAACUGAGAAUGAUUUGGAAAAUUGUACUUUAUGUGCAUGUAGGAUAUGUAACAUUAAACAUGGUGAAAGAUCUUACAUUAAUGUCUGGCAUAAUGCAGUACCUCCGAACCAGACCUCACUCAUAGGAAUUCGUUCUAUUAUGUUGUGGCGCAAUGUUUUGCAAGCUAUGAUUUCUCCACCUAAAAUUAAGACUGAAGAUACAGUUGAGGAAUGUGAUCAGCAUGAGAGAAUUCAAGUGAGUGAAGGAAGUUGUGGAGCAGACGCAGAUGAAGAAUGUAGUGAGUGUAUAAAGGAGGCGAAAGCUGUAUUUGAAAAACAUUCAGGUAUUUGGAAAUCUCGUUUUCAGUCCGUUUUUGCAUGGGCAGCUUUAUGUAGUGAGUUUGCUCCUAUGUCAGAUGACACAUGCUGCCUGGAUGCUGAAUUUAGUGAAAUAAGUCUUGGCAACAAGGCUGAGUUAAUGGAUGAUUUGGAGACUAGAGAGUCUAAUGUAAAUGUAGGAAGGAAACAAAAGAAAAAAAUUAAACUGAAAUGAUCAUUGUUCUUUUUUUGUACACUAUGUUGUUAGAUGUCAGAUAGGUGCACUAAGUUCAGAGAAACAAUGCUGCUGUGAGAACAUGAGUAAUGUAACAUUUUUUAUAUGUGUAAAUAUUACUGUGUCGGUUUUGGUUGCAUUAAGUCUUUCCAAAGCUAAUGUCACAUCAGUCUGAAAAUCCAAUUAUAUAACUUGAAAAGA